AUGGCUACCCCUAGUGUCCUCGCUUUUGACGCUGAGGGUCGGGCCAUUGACUUUGAUGUCUGGAUAGAUGACCUGCAGCUUUUCUUACAGUGCGACAGGGCAGACGGCCUCUCCCUCUUUGACCUCACUUCUGGUGCCUCUCCUGCCCCCGCUGCUGAUGCUGACGCCACUGUUCGCUCACAGUGGGCCACGCGCGAUGCUGCUGCACGUCUUGCUGUGCGUCGCCACCUGCCUACCUCUGAGCGUGCGCACUUUAGCCAGUACAAGAGUGCUCAGACCUUGUACGACGCUGUAGUUGCGCGCUACUCCUCCCCUGCCACUGCUGCACUGAGCCGCCUCAUGCUACCGUACCUCUUCCCUGACCUUGCUGCCUUUCCCACAGUCGCUGACCUCAUUACGCACCUCCGCACUAGUGACACUCGCUACCGCGCUGCGCUUCCUGCUGAGUUCUGCGCCAAGAACCCCCCCCCCAUGUACAUCACCCUCUACUACAUAGUCACCCGGCUCCCUGACUCCCUUCGCGUAGUCAGGGACCACUUCCUCUCAGUUUGCCCCACCACUCUCACCGUUGACCUCCUCGAGAAGUCCCUCCUAGCAGCAGAGAAGAGCAUAGUCGCUGUAGGAGCCUCUCGUGGUGACCCUCGCACCCCCAUCUUUGAGGGGUGUUCCCCCUCCCCCCUUUUGCCCUCUGUUGCCUCUGCUGCUGCGGCCGACCUCGUUGGGCUUGAGUCAGUCGGUGCGGCGUCUACCCCUAGCAGGAGACGUCGCCCUGGCAAGGGCAAGGGGGGCAGGGGCACUGGAGGAGCUAGCGGGGGCGGUGGAGGCGGAGGUGGAGGCGGUGGAGGGGGUGGGGGUGGCGGUGGGGGUGGUGGCGGGGGUGGAGGCGUCGGUGGCGGCAGUGGAGGCGGAGGCGGCGGCGGCGGUGGCGGUGGGAGCGGAGGUGGCGGCGGUGGAGGAGGAGGCGGCGGAGGAGGUGGAGCUGGUCGGGGUGGCGCUGCGCAGAGGGUCGGCUCCGGUGGUGGUCAGCGCCAGCAGCAGCAGCAGCAGCAGCAGCAGCAGCGCACUCGUGACAUCCCCUCCCCUCAGCAGCUCCGUGAGUGCUGUCUUUGA